CUACGUCAUCAGGUGCCCCCGAUGCGAGGAAUAUUACCUGCUAAAUAUUAUUUGUUUUGGUUUGAAAAUACAGCUGUUCUUACAAGUGAAACACAAAAUGAGGCGAUUAAUAGUUUAGAUAAUAAGCAUUGGAAUGUGUGUCAAGCUCUGGACUAUAUGAUCGACAAUAACAAAUUCGUUUUUGUAGCGGAUCUUAGCCGCGAUAGUGCCUUACGCUCGUAGUAGAAGUGCAUACAUCCAAAAUGGACGUCCGUCAACCCAUUGAGAUCGACCCAGAUUUUGAGCCACAGCAGCGAGUGCGCUGUAAUACUUGGCCCUGCCGUCCACAGGAGGAUGUGGUAGAGGCCCAGUGUUCCCCUGUGUCGGACGAAUCGACAGCAGACAAUCAUGUGAAACCAGACAAUCUGGGCUUGAAUAAAAAGACUUCGUCUCGGCGCAAUGCAUGGGGAAAUCUAUCCUAUGCUGACCUAAUUACGAAAGCGAUACAAAGUUCUGCAGAGCAGAGACUGACAUUGUCACAAAUUUAUGAUUGGAUGGUACAAAAUGUGCCGUAUUUUAAGGAUAAAGGUGACAGCACGAGUUCGGCAGGGUGGAAGAACUCCAUCAGACACAACCUGUCUCUACACAGCCGCUUCAUGCGAAUUCAAAAUGAAGGUACGGGCAAAAGUUCCUGGUGGGUCAUCAAUCCGGAUGCCAAGCCCGGCAAAACCCCCAGACGGAGAGUCAGCAGUAUGGAGACCAAAAGCUACGAAAAACGACGAGGCCGGGUCAAAAAGAAAGUAGAGGCUCUGAGGGCCGCCCUAGAGAGCAACAGUCCCUCAUCAACAACAGAGGACUAUCUAGACUCACCACUGAGUUUCCAGUUGAGUCCAGACUUCCGACCUCGAGCGAGUUCUAAUGCCAGUAGCUGUGGUCGAUUGUCACCAAUACCAGCAAGUAUAGAGCCAGACCUUCAUGAUAAUCAGGUGCCCAGGAUGUCCCCAAUCCACUGGGGCCAGGAACUGGAUACGUCUGGAAACUACAAUGACGUUCCAUACGAUCCCAUUAUCAGCAGCCUGGUGGACGGAAUGAAGCUGGAUAGUAAUAUGGGACUACCAGACGACAUGGGGCUCAGGAUGGAUCCCAGUGAGAUCGAGAUGAUAGAAGGGGGUAUGGUACACUCUUUGCUCAACUCCAGUCAAGGAAAUAUCAAUGAGAAUGUAACACAGCAGAUGAUGUCUUCUAAUGGAAACAUGAACAUGUCGCAGUAUAAUGAUCAAAGUGCCAACUUCAAUGACAGCAAUCAAUAUGGUAAUACCCUCCCAGCUCCACCCACCUACCAAGAUUCCAUGAGACGAAGUCCUCAACAACAGGGAAGCUUAGAGCAACUCUUGUUGUCUAAUGGAGGAUUUGGGGAUAUGCCAUUGCAGCAGCAGCAGAAUAUAAGAAUGUACAAUAGCCCUCAGUCAGCCCAACACAGCCCGAUGUACUCUCAGCAAGAGGCCUUACUAAUGCAGCAGAACAGUGGAAGCCCGUCUGGUAGUUCUUUGAGCAUUAAUACACAGAUGUCCUCGCCAGCACGCUCACCUCAACAACAGUUGAGCCCUAACUUCAACAACCAUAUGAUGAAUUAUGGCCAGCAGCAGCACUCGCCACAGCCCAACAUGAAGCCAAUGUCUCCACAGCAACCAAUGAUGAAUCGACAGCCAACCUCCCCCUCUCAGCCCUCUCUGUUACAGCGCUGUCUGGAACAGAGCUCUGAGGCCCUCAUCCGGCAGUCGCCUUCAGACUCCCUACUGAGGCAGGCCCUGACACAGAAGCCAAGCACGCAGUACACUAAACAGACAACAAAUACAAAUCAGGUCCCCUACUCCACCUCACAACAAAGCACAGGCUUCACAAAUCUGUGUCCAGUGCCCAGACAAAACAUGAGUCUGAGCAAUGGACUGAACAACAACUUGGUUUCUUCACCGCAGAAUGCUAGGAACGUCAUCACCUCACUUCACCAGGCUCUGGCUGGCUCUCCACACAUGACCUCAACGCAGUCCGUUAUCGCGGCCCAGCCAGUCAUCUCUGAAACCAGUUCUGGUACUUCCCUGAGCGAAUUGAGUCCCGAUUUCUUUGAAUCAGACAGUGACAUGCAGAAAGUGCUCCAGCAGGAAAUCCACCUGGAGGGCAGUCUGGAUUUUGACUUUGAUCCGGUUGGCACGGGUCCAGCCGGAUCUAUAGAAUCCAAUAACAUGGUUCGAUAAUGAUGGUUUUCUGCCCUAGUUGAAUGCAUAGGAAAAAGAUUGUGAUGAGAAGACUGGAGAUCAAAAUAUCAUUUCAGUAGUUGUUGUGUCUUACAAAAAAAAAAUAUUUUUGUUGUCCCCCCUAGACCGACUCCAGAUUCUUCUUAACGUGGCAGCACUAUAAAAUCAGCAACUUGAACAACAGAGCAAUACUGUAGGAGGAUGCCCUGCAUACUCACUACUGAAAGAGAGGUGCAGGCUGACACUAGAGUGAGAAUUAACAAAGCCUCUAUACUUGAUAACAGUGCAGAGUAAGAGGACAAAUGGUCCAGGAAAAAGAGUGAAAACAUUGAAAGUGGAGAAAGAUUGAUCUCAGACAUAAUAGUGCAUGUUCAGUCUGUUUGCAACAGAUUUCUUGAUGGAGACUCAAGUGUGUGUCGAACACAUCUACAGAGAGCUAUUCAAGGAGUUCACAUUUAUUCUAUAUACAGUAGCCACACCUCAUGGAAUGGACAGCGAUGGAGCCAUUUAAAAAGUCUGUUGAUACAGAACGAUGAAUUGCAAUUUCUGAAGAAAUUUCAUUAGGUCACUAUCCCUGACUUGUUGAGCUGGGAAUAAAGUGUGUGAUUUUUUCAUUCAGUGGGUAUGUUUAUGACAUCAUUGUAUGUGAAGUCUGAAAAACUGAUAGAUGUGAAAAACUGACCAGACUAUUUCUUCACGACUCUUGAUAAAUUAGUAAAAUUUGUUGGCAUUUAUGUUUUGAUAUUCUUUUUUUAAUCUAAUGAUGCGAAGGGAUCAUCAGUGAAAAUUUAAUACUUUGAACAUUGUUUUUCGUAAUUCAGAAAGGUUAUUAGAAAGUAAAUCCUUUAGCUGCAGGGCAGGGGAUUUAGUGCUAAGUGCAGAUUAUCAAUGGCUCACUAGAAGAAAGGAAGCCUCUCAAAGUCAUAUUGAUUUCUUGAAUUUCUAAUAUGCAGUUUUUCAUGAGGUGUUAAUUGAAUUAACAUCUGUCAAAUGAUUUGAUGAGAGUUGUUAAUGAAGGUAAUGAUUUUAUUGUUGUUAAUUUUUUUUUAAAAGUGUUUUUUUCCCACCAUGUUAGUUUGUGGGGAAAACAAAAUUUUUUAAAUGAAAAAUGUUGAAAACUGUUUUACUUUAUAAAAUAUUGGAGCAAAGUAUUUUUUCCUAAUGUAAUUAUGCUUUAAUUUUCAUUGAUUCAUUUUCUCAGUUUAAAGUUGAUGUGCUGUUUUGACAGGUAUGCUCCUUUGCAUUACUAAUGUAUUUCCAAGAUUUUUUUUUCUUCAUAUUUUAAACCUGUCAGUUUCUCCUGUAUCUUCUUUUUAAAGAAAGAUGUGGGAGGGAAAUAUGCCAUCUUUAUAUCAUCUAAUCCAAGCAAAUGUUGAUUGAUAGCUUAUUUUAAUCCUUUGGGUGAUGCAGAUCAUUUACAUUCAGUCUCUGUGACUGGUUUCAAAAUCAAGAAUUUCUUCAACUUAUGGAUGUUAGAACUGAAUGUCUGUGAAAAUACAUACAUGUACUUAUAAGUUACAUAAGUUACACAUGAGGCAGAAUUCAGAGAGAAUCUGACAUUCAGAACGAGGACAUUUUCAUUGAUUUUUCCAUUAUCUGCAUGCCUGUGUGAAGAUUACGUUAACUGUGAAGUUUAUGUUAAAGCGACCAUUCUUGCCUCAGAUAUUAUAAUUUUUCAUCAUAUUUCUCUCUGUUUCAAUGAAUCAUCAGGAGUUUACUCUUUCAAUGGAUCCAGUUAAGUUUCACCAAAUCUCAUUUUGUGAUUAGAGCAUCUAGAGACAGUUGUUGCUAUGGAAACUCAUUUAUAGGAAGAGAUGUCAAUUUCAGACACCUAAUGAAAUCUGUCUUUGACUAGUCCUCUGACAAAUUUUAGUGCCCCACCCCCAACCUACGCAAAUCCAUGUUUGAAGUUUAGAUGGCUGUUCCCAUAAAUCCAUUCUAAUGACCUAUAUUUUUAAUUAAGUGACAAAUGAGAUUUUCCUUUUCUCUCUAAUGACAACAUUUGACAAAAUGUAUUUAGGUAUUUAGGGCAUUGACUAAUCAGUUCAUUUAAAAACCGGAAUAUGUCUCUUGGAUGAAAAAACGCUUUUUUUUUGGCCUGAAAUUCAUUGUUGAAAGAAUUUUUUUUAAUAUUGGUAUCAAAAUUAUGGCCAAGAACUAUAUACUUUCUAAUCUAUGUUUUACUGAUUUCUUAUCAUGUGUAGAAAAAAAUUUUUAGCAGUAGAAUCAGUAUGUUUUUGUAAAUCGUACGCUUGGUGAAUGAUCGGGUUUUGGAAUGUAAAGAAGUAUUAAUCCUGUCAGACAGCACUCUUGUGUUUGCUCAAUCAUGAGGUCAUAAAAAUCACACACUAAAACACUGUAUAUAAUUAUCUGUAUAUUUUGUGUGGACUUGUAAAUAUUUCCAGGCUCCUUCUUUCACAUCCAUACAACUUAAGACACGGGAUUAUGUACUGAUAAAAUGAUGUUUUUCUUUCCUUAACCUGUAUGUAGAUGUAUAAAGUCGCAUUAUAUCACUCUGCUAAGGGAGGCUACUCAUACAGCGUUGUAUAGGCUGCCUAUGAUGGUAGAACUUUGUUUUGUUUCAUCUCUGUUUUUGAUUAUUUUGAUGUAAAUAUUGUUAAUGAUGAAUUGUAUCUACAUGAUGUUACAUAAAAUGAAAAUAUGUAUAUCAAUUAUGUAUCAAACACCUCUAUAAAGGAAGUGUUGAGUUUAUCAUGCCGGCAGUAUUUUAUUUCAUUGUUGCAUAAAGGUUGUUUGUUUUAAUUUCUUUUUAAUCAAAUCAAAAUGUAGAACUUGAAAUGAUGUAGAUUUUCAUGUGUGUGGCAUUUUCCUCUUCAAUUUCAUUUACUGAUUUUUUUUUCAAUCAAUCAUAGCAGCUUCGAUAUUUCAUACAUUAUUUCUUAUAUAACUGUUUAUUUAACCUGGAAUAGAUAACUUUGCUUCAGCAAUUUUUCUGAAAACACUUUUCUAACUCUUAAAAAAAAUUGGAAAAAGAAGACACACACACACAGACACUCGUAGAAUUUCUCCCAAAUUGAAACCAAAGCAAAUCAUUAGAACCAAAAGCAAAUCCUUUUUCACCACUCCACCAAAUGCAAGCUUUCUAUAGAUACUAUUUGUUUUCAUACAACUUCAAACAAUUCUCAUUAAAUGUAAAUUAGACACCUGAAGAUUAUCAAACAGUUAUAUAUUAGUAUACCUCCUUUUCUGUUAAAUGUUGAUCCCCUGCUCCAAUGGCUAGGUCAUCACUGCAGGGUUAAGAAAUUACCUGUUCCACAAACCAUGUGGAGUCAGUUAUCUUCCCUUUGAAGUCAGGAGUUAUCUUUUCUUUACAGUCAGGCUGAUAUGCAUGCUGUUUUACACUGUUUAUCUGUGAUUUUUUAACGUUAGGACUACAUCCUGGUGAGUUCCGGUGGUCAGAUUUUCUUUUUUUCAUCUUGCAGCAGCAGCAAAUGAGAAAAAAAGAUGCCUUAUAUUUCUAAAUGCAGUAUUUUAUCAAAUGGUAGGCUCUCUCAAAAGAAUUGUUACAGCUAAAUUGAUUCAAAAAAAAACUUGCCUGGAUAAUUUUAAGUGUUGAAACAGUUUUGUUGUUUGUUUUUAACAAAAUUGAUGUUUUCAAAAUUGAACAAUUGAAUCAUUGUAAUAUGUAAAUAAGGAAAAAUUUUAACAUUUAAUUUUUGCAAUUUUGUCCUUGCUGGAGGAAUAUUUAACCCUACAACUGACUUUUUGACAUUCAGGUAUAUUUUCCACAGCUUGUAAUUAAACACUAAGCAAAACAUGUAAAAUAAGUGUAACUAGACUAAUACUAGUCUGUUUAUUUUAAGCUUUGGUUGUUUUCUUAUCUUUCUAACCUUUUCCUUCUGUAUUGAUCUAAAUGCAUUGAGUUCUAACAGACCUGUGCUUAUGCCCAUUUGUUGUGUACAAGGUAUUUGAUUCUGUAGCUCUAGAAAAAGUGCCUCUAUGUGUUGGUAUUGUACUUGAGUUAAAAAAAGUGAGUAGUGUUUGCAUUAUUAACAUCCUCCAUCUUAGAUUAUUGAACAUGGUCCUGGAUGUACUUUUAUCUUCAAACUUGUAUAAGGCCAAAUUAAUUCCUUUAGCUGGCACUCUCUUGUAUUUCUUUGAAUCCAAGCAAGUAUUUGUUAUAGACAUGCAAUUGUAUCACUCAUCGGGUUAGGGAAUGGAAUAUCGCAAAUGUAAUCAGGGUAGGAAUAUAAAAAGUAUUAGAAAACCAUGAUGCAAACACUACCCACUACUGUUCUCAGUUGUUUGUUUUUUUUUGUUUUUUGUUUGUUAAUGUGUUUUUCUAAGUGAUGUGAUUUUAAGCAGUUUGCUAUCUCGACAGCAGAACUGGUUCACACACCAGUUUUCUCUAUGAACUAAAUUUUUUGCUAAGUAUCAUUAAAUAUUCCUUCUAUUAUAGUAAUUGCUCACUUGAAAUUCAAUUAUUUUUUUUCUUUACUAUAUUUUUUCCUCUCGGUCAUUUUGAUUUCGAACUUUAUAAAAAGUAGAGCUGUACAAACUGUUCAUUUUGUUAAAAUAAGUCGUUUGAUGGUGUUUUCAAAUUAAUUACACAUAUAUAUGUCUGACCAUGCUUUACAUUUGGUAAUCAGGUGACCAUAUAAAAAAAAAAUUACUAGAUUCAAUAGUUAAUAGUUUUAAUUCUCUCUUAAAUAAUAAUAUUCUAACACUACAGGGGAUUGGGUAGAAUAGUUGAUCUCUUACAACUUUUAUCUUGUGGUACAUACUUGUAAAUACAUAUUAUAAAAAUUGUAUAUUUGUAGCUAGUAGAGAUUGUGUUUGAUUAAUUUUCGUGGCAGGUCAUUCAAAUUGUGCUCAGAUGUGAUAAACGUGAAAUUUUGAUGUGAUAUUGAAUGUGCGAAUGAUUGGAUGGACGAUGCCAUUCUUAUUUUCGUUGUUUAUUUUUUUUUUUUUUUUACCUAUUUUAAUCACAGGAGUUAGCUAUUAUUAUGCUAUUAUAUAUAUAGUUCUAUAUAUAUUGAUAAUGCAUUCGUUGUUUGUUUUUCAUUACACAAGUUUAUAUUUUACACUGUAGAAAUAUGAUGCACGCCGCUCACCCAGGAAGCCUUAGUACUGAGAAGUUUCAAAAAAAGGAUUUUUUUUUUUAGAGUUUCCCCAUGAUAUAUUUUAAAGUUCAGCAAGCAGCAAAGUAUUAAUAUUAAAUUUAGAACCAUCAUGCAGUCAAAUCAAAUAAUACUUGGUGCUUCCGGUGACGAUUUUAGGGUCACUUCCGGACAAGAGGUCACGGAUAGAGCAAUAUACAGCCAACAUUCAUAUAUACAUAUUUUUUUCCUCCAAAGGUCAUUUUGUUUCAUUUAGUUUUCAGUUCAUUGUGUAUAUGUGGUGUGUAGCAUCUGUUUAAAAAUUCAAGUUUCUUAUUUUUUGCCCAUUUCUUCAGUGCUUUUACAUGGGCGCUUCGUUAGAUAAGAGUCGUCCCAGAUUUGUUGGUGAAUUAGAAAUCUAUGUUAUCUAUGGUUUUUGUUAUUAUCAUGUGACACUUUUGUAAAGAGUCAGAAAUGACAUAGGUAUAUAUAAUAAAAAUAUAUGUAUUCUACGUGUUUAACAGAAACAUUUGUGAAAUAAAUAUAUAAAAACGAA